UAUUGUUUUGCUGUCGGUUUAGUAAGAAGCCACCAUUUGAAGGCCUGCUGUUUUAUAGUGACUCAGCGGAGAGCACGUAGUUCCUGAGUAGGACAGCUGCUACACAAUGGCAAAUCCUAGCAGGACGCUAUAGUGAAGUUAGCCUUAGUGUAAACUUUAGGCAUGAUAUAGCUAUACCUGACUGUGUUGGAAAUGAAAUUGAGAAACAGCGCGUGCAGGCGGUAUGUUGUUAUUUUUAUGACUAUUAUUAAAAUUCAAGCUGUUUACAGAAUGAAUUGUUGUCACAUUGUUUGGCUUUUCAUUUCCAUGCCAGAGCCGCUGCUGUGUGAACUGUCGGUCUACACAGCCUAUUGAAAAGCCGGAACCACUUUUGCUUCUAAUAUAAAACACCUAAUGUUUUGAUUUCAUCGUAUUUUAAAAAUAUAUAUAUAUAUUAAUCCGUGCGCUGUUAUUCCAUAUAAAUCGCAGGAUUACAGGCAGAACUAGUUUGAGGAUCAAAGCGCGUUUCUAUUGGCUGGCGGAAGCUUCUCUCCUUGGCAACGUUGCUCGUGUAGCGUUCCAAUUAGAACAGCGUCUGCCCCUGGUGCUUAACUUAAUAUUGUGCUGUGCUGUGCUGUGGGAGGACGGUCCUCUUAUUAAACUCGAGCAAUUAGGAAUACACGGUAAGUUUUAUAUAACUGGGUGUUGGACUUCCUGAACAGAACAACAGUAGUAGUCAAAGUAGGUGCAGAAUCGUCAAAUAGAUAUGCAGUGGAAAACGGUACCCCACAGGGCAGUGUAUGUGGCCCAGUAUUGUUUAGUAUUCUGAUUAAUGACAUAUUUGAUCUGGUUGGAGAAAAUAUAGGCAAGUCGCUUUAUGUGGAUGAUAGGGCACUCUGAGUUAGGGGUCGAAAUCUCGAAUAUUUAAGAAAGAAAAUGCAAUAGGGAAAGUAGAACAGCGGACAAAUACGUGGGGAUUUAAACUUUUAGUUUCAAAAGCACAAGUUACAUGUUUUUCUAAGCGCAAUAAAACAGUACCACUUGUAUUGUAUGGGCAAGAUCUUGGACAGGUUAAGGUUGUGAGAUUCUUAGGAGUGCUCUUUGACCUGGUGCCAGCGUAUUGAUUAAGAAAGUUAAGAAGAAAUGUAAAAAGAUUAAUAAUGUGUUGAGGUGUCUGUCAGGGUGAGAGUGUAGAAAUUUUGAACAAAUCUUUUUAAUAUGACUCAGGAACGACGAGUUGUCUCAGAGAGUGAUUUACAUUUAUAUUUAUUCAUUUAGCAGAUGCUUUUAUCCAAAGCGACUUAGAAAUGAGAAAAUACAAGCAAAUUCAUUCAUUUUUGACCACGCAUGCGCUGCAACAUCCCCAUAGGUUCUGUACCGGAAACAGAAAUGAAUAGUUCACGUCUUGAGUCUUCGGGUUCAGGUUGUCCGUUCAUCAUGUGACAAAUGUGAAGUGACAAAAGAAAGAACGACUCUAGGUGAACUAACAGACUGCAUAGCCUAGAGACCUAAUGUUAAGCUAUUAAUUAAUCAUUUCUGUUUCUCAUCAUUUGGCCUUGGCUGCAUUAGCCUAUAGUUCAUUUUUUUUAUUCACAAUGUGAUCAACGUUUGCGUAAGUACUAGAUGUGUUGGGGAAUUUAACAUGUAACAUUUUAAUUAUAUUCUGCUGAAAUGAACAAAAUAACUCAAAAAAAGAUUCUAAGAUCUGAGUGAGUAAAAUGAUCCGAUCUUCCCAUCACUACGAGACUGGGGAGCGAGCAGGGCAUCACUCAUAAACAUCUAUCAGGCUCUUAUAAGAAAUGCUUUUGAUUAUGGUUACCUAGAAUAUAUGUCAGCGUCAGAAUCAAACCUUAAAAAGCUUGAUGUUGAACAGGCACUCUGGAUUUGUACUAGAGCGUUUAAAUCAUCACCAUUGACUGCAUUACAGGUUGAGACAGGAGAGAUGCCUUUGCAUAUAAGGAGGGUCAAGAUCAUACUGGUGUAUUGGAUAAAUUUACAAGGGCAUAGCAGGAUGCACCCCACAAAGGCCAUCCCACAAGAAUGCGCCAAACAUAAUAGAACACAUUUUUUACAGUUUCGGAUGGGUAGGAAAUGCAAAGGCACAAAAUACAGGCCUCAGCCAGCCAUUGGGGAGUUAUCAACUGUACCACCCUGGACAUUCAUCAAAACCAAUGUAGAUACAAGUCUACAACAAAUGUUCAGAAAAAUCUAAAAUAGUACCACAGUGGAUGAUAGUUCGAAACUAUAUGGACCGUUAUCAGGAUAAACUGUUCAAGUUUACAGAUGAAUCAAAACAGUCUGAGAGAGGCCGCACUGGUGCUGCUUUUUUCAUUACUCACUAUGAAAUAGCAGUCAAAAAAAGAGCAACUGAUCCCUUAUCAGUGUGCACUGUAGAUCCUUUAGGAAUCUUAUUGGCAUUGCAACGGCUGGAAGGAAAUAAUCAGAACCAAAAUGUCGCUAUAGCUUCUGACAGUUUAUUUGCAUGGUCAAGUAUACAAUCUCGGGAAACAUUAUGUAGACAAGACAUUAUUUACCAUAUACUUCAUCUGCUUCUUAUACUCCAUGGUAGGGAGCUGGAUGUCUCCUUCCAUUGGGUUCCUGCCCAUGUAGGUAUGGAAGGAAAUGAGACACUAGAUAUUUUCGCAAAAAGGUUGCAUAAGCAUGAAAUAAUUGAUAUACAAGUACCAUUAAGUAGAACAGAGAUAAAAACCAUUAUAAAGGGACACGCAUAAAAUAUGGCAGGAAUACUGGGAUAUAGCUGACACAGGACAAGACCUACAUAAUAUACAAAAACAAGUAGGCAUGAGUAUGAGGCAGAGCAGGAACCCUAAGAAAGAGAGGAUAAUUACACAUCUUAGAAUAGGUCAUGCAGGCUUAAAUCUAACAUUACACAGAAUAGGAAAACACCCCACUGGGCUUUGUGCCCACUGCAAUACAGAAGAGACGGCAAAAUAACACAUUCUAUUAGACUGCAAAAUAUAUGAGGAAGAAAGAACAGAGUUAGAAAUGCAAAUUGGAAAGCAAAACAUGACACUAGAGAAUUUGCCUGGGAAAAACAUCUGGAAAAGUGCACCAUCUUUAUAAUAAAUUGUCGGAACAAUACUGGAAUAAGUGAGAAAAUUUAGUAUGACUAUCCUAGUAUAUAUUAAUUUCUGUCAGUCUACUGCCCUCACUCCAGUCGGUGGCGGUAAUGCACCUUUAAGUUGGUUUGCCAACCGCCAUUAAAUCUAAAAGAAGAAGAAGAACUUCAAAUUCUGGAAGGUGGGGCUUAAGAUGAUUGACGCGUCAGUUUCACCUCUCAGUGUUGAGUAAGGGUUUGGACUGAAGAGGGUUAAAGUCAGCCAGGGCGAGAUUUAAAUCCUGUUGGUCUGGGCGGAUAUCAUGACCUGUGAUUACAAGUGGAACCGAGCUCUUUGUCGAUAAUAUUUACGAUACGAGGCGUUUUGGCGUGAGGUUUUAUGUGUUGGUUUUAUCUUGAGGUGGUACAAACGGCAAAAGCUAAAGUUAAGGACGGACACAAGCUUUAGUUUUAUAUUUAAACGCUAACCUUAUUGUUUUGUGCUGUUCGACUUAUUAUUUGCGGUCUUGGUUAACUCGACGUGGCUACAAACUCGGGUGUUUGUUUGUUUGUGUUGGAAAUUGAGCGGGACAGUCAGAAACUUUGUAAAUAAACGGAGCUUUCCAGUUUUCACUUCGUCUAGCGACUCAGCAUGUCUAAAGAAAACAACGACCCUGCUAACAGCAUUGAAUUCAUCAAAGAUCAGCUGUAUUUCGCUAUCCUUAACCAGAAGCUCAGGAGCACCCCUGAAAGACACUGUUUCUGCAUAGAUGAGGAAUUCUCCUAUGAGAACUUUUAUGCGGACUUUGGUCCCCUCAACCUGGCUAUGUUUUAUCGCUUCUGUUGCAAACUCAACAAGAAGUUGAAGUCUUUGGCACACGCCAGAAAGAAGAUCGUGUUCUAUACCUGCGGGGACAAAAAGAAACAAGCAAAUGCGGCCUAUUUAAUAGGAUCAUAUGCUGUGAUGCAUCUCCAGAAAACACCAGAGGAAGCUUACAGCCUACUCAUCUCCAGAAACGCCACUUAUCUUCCUUUCCGAGAUGCUUCAUUUGGAACUUGCAUGUACAAUCUGAAUAUCCUUGAUUGUUUACGUGCCGUGCACAAGGCUCUGCAGUUUGGCUGGCUGGAUUUCUCCAACUUCGAUGUGGAGGAAUAUGAGCAUUAUGAGAGAGCUGAAAAUGGAGAUUUCAACUGGAUUAUUCCAGGGAAGUUUUUGGCCUUUAGUGGUCCACAUCCGAAGAGCAAAAUUGAGAACGGUUAUCCCCUCCAUGCUCCUGAGGCCUACUUCCCAUACUUCAGGAAGUACAACAUCACCACUGUCAUACGCCUGAACAAAAAAAUGUAUGAUGCCAAACGGUUCACAGAUAUGGGUUUUGACCACCACGACCUGUUCUUUGUUGAUGGGAGCACACCUAAUGAUGCCAUAGUCACAAAGUUCAUGAACAUCUGUGAAAAUGCGGACGGUGCCAUAGCUGUUCACUGUAAAGCUGGCCUGGGUCGCACAGGAACGUUAAUAGGCUGCUACCUGAUGAAGCACUUCAGACUGACUGCAGCCGAGGCCAUCGCUUGGAUCAGAAUCUGCCGGCCUGGCUCAGUGAUUGGGCCGCAGCAGACCUUUAUUCUGGAUAAGCAGUCCAGUCUAUGGAUGGAGGGAGAUCUGUAUCGGCAGAAGCAAUGUAAACAGGAAAAUAGCAUAAACAAAGUAGCAGUCACAGGAAUAUUGUCAGGAGUAGACGACAUCUCGAUCAAUGGGACAAAUAAGAGAAGUGUGCCAAGAAAAACUGAAAUGUAUAGUGAUGGAGAAGAGGAGCACAAUGGCAUCACUCAGGGUGACGAACUGAGGGCACUGAAGAGCAAACGGCAGUCCAGAGCAUCAACAGGUUCUUUAUCGGUCAUUCUGCAGUCGAGUGCACAGAGCUGUAAAUCUGUAAAAUUUCAGAGUCCCUCGGAUAAUGAGGAUGGUAGAAAACGAACCAGAACCUCACUAAGCUCCAACAGAGAUAGCAGCUUGUUAUUACAUUCCAGACUUGCACGGUCUUUAGGCAAUUUGCCUGUAAUGGGCAAUGAAAAGAAGUAUGAGUUUUGUGAAGUUAACUCAGUGGCUACAGAUAAAUUGAGCAAGAAAUCAAACAUGAAACACAUAAUCCCAAUCAACAGUGAGCCUCUUGGUCCUUCUAUUCCUUCUUCAACUGAGUCAUUUGUUCACAGCCUGAGUAUCAACGUAAAGAACUGUGUCCAGAGGAAGGAAAAAGCUGCACUCUUUGCAAUCAUUGCGCUUUACAAGACUAUGGUAUUUCAUCUCUUUCAGUCUCUCUCCUAGAUCUUGGCUUUCUGCUACAUCUUCAGCCUUUAAUCUUUGCUUAUUUGGGCAAAAUGCAUGUCUUUCAAACUGAAACGUAAUAUUUCUCUCUCUUCACAGUCCUGCAGUCCCUAAAGCUAGAGCACCUCUACUAUGUUAAAUGGAUGUUUUUGGAAAAUGAGUGCAAGUAACUUCAUAAAACCUGGAUUUGUUUUUCUUUUAUUCUUCUUUUAUUUUUUUAAACUUUUUUUUUUUAUAAAUAUAUAAACUAUUAUUCCUGUAAAGUCUCAAAAGUCUACUUUGACUUAAAAAAAAAACAGACUGUAUUGAAAAGCGUGAAUAAUUUUAUUAUUAAAAUAACUUUUUGUUUACAGAAAUGUCAAACAUUGGGGGGUUUGUAAUACUGUUAUGUGAAAAGAUUUUUUUUCUUUCUAUUUUAAGAUUAGAAUCAUGAGUCAAAGUUCUUGUAGAAUGUAUUCUCGUCAUUAGUAGGGAUCAAAAGGUUACCAGUUUCACUAUAAACCACGAUAAAAUUCCCCAACGGUCAGUAUUACCAUGUCACAUUUAAUUAUCACUAAAACCAUGCACGAUUAGUGUGACUUUUGUAAAACUCGCUGUAAAAGCUGUCCACACACACCCAGCAUGAGUGACGCAGGCGCAGCAUGCAACGUUGAUUUUUGAGCGUGAAGAAACGCAACAAUUAAGGAUAACAUUUAUUGAUCCCACACUGGAUAAAUUCCCUCGUUACAGCCUCUGUUACACAAAAAAACAGAUAGGAACAUUAAAAAUAGGAAAUUAAAAACUGAACACCUCGCAGCACCAUUCAACAGAAGUCAUUUCAUUUAUCACGUGACGAGAGGCGAGGCAAGCUGACUAAGACAAAAGAUUUGAUUUAAUAUAAGCGAGUUUGUCAUUGGACUGUUUUGUUGUUGUUUUUCAUUAAGAAUAAUAUCCACCAAUAACCACAAACCCACCAAUCUAGCAAUUGUUGCCCCAGAAUUGCUGCUAAUACGAGAAUGAUAGUGAAAUCCGUGCAGCUGCAGGGCAUUCAUGAGUGAUUUAAGAACAAAGGGGUGAGGGGACGGCAAAAAAGCUUCAAAGCCCUCUUUCAUGGCAACUUUCUUCUGUGGAUAGGGUUACCAUCUUCUAUUAAGUUUCCCUCAGCAUUUUUAUAAAAUCCAAAAUAUGAUCAUACUUCGGAUUUGGUCCUCUUGGAAGGUUGGAAAUUCUCCCAAGCGCUGUCACUGCCUUCUGCUGUGUUCUCUAACUAAACUAAAUUAUCUUACUAUAAAAAAGCAAAACAGUGCUGCGGUGGGCAAGUGAUGUAAUCGGUGUGCAGCUGAACACCGACUAUCACAGCAAGCCUAGUGACAACCAUCCAUCACUUUUAUAAUUAAAUAUAAAACCUUUUAAAUGAUUUCAGUGUGUGUAUCAGUACAUUUUGAAUAUUUUCAGCACAUUUUAACAAUACCAUGAUAAUACUGAUACCCGUGGUAGUUUUGGUAACGAUAAUCGUGAUAUGAAAUUUUCAUACCAUUACAUCUCUAGUCAUUACUAUCCUUCCUUACUAAUGUGUCUGCAACUUGGUUAUCUCUGUGCCCUGCUAAAAUCUGAAGGCUAUAGUGAGACUUUUUCAUUUAACAAUUUUUGUUCCACAGUUGAAUGCUGUGUGUUUGUGUGUAUAUAAUAUGAAUAUUUGAUACAUCUGGAAGACCUGUUGUACAUUUAUACCUGUAAAUACUGUAAUAACUUUUGGUUAUUGAUGUCCAAAUAUACUUCCUUUUUCCUGAGUACAUUUAUAUCUCACGUACUAUAAAGCUUGGUUUGUAAAGGA